AUGGAUGCUGCACUCAGAUCCCUUGAGAAGCAUCUUCUGCAGGAAACAAUCGAUGCAAGGAGAAAUAGGGACAAGAUUUUGCCAGUUACAAGAGCUGAUGGAUCCUUUACUACAGAUUUUGAAGAAGUUAAGAAACUGUUAUCAGUCAUUUUCAGAACCUGCUUGAAGCUAGUACCUCAUGUUCUCUUAACUAGGAUGAGGAGCUUGCCAAUAUACCUGGAAACAACUCUCAGAGGAGAAGUCCCUGAAUAUGGCCAAAGAUAUUAUUGA